AUGUGUCUCAUUCGCUUCUUUGUGCAGACCUCAUCUCGACCCAACCAAGUUGGCGCAAGCUUUUCCAGCCGUCGCGGCCAUUCCAACAAGCUGUCCAUAUCAGAUCCGAGCCACCACGUAACAGAAGCCAUCGGCACGUUGUACGAUGACGAGGAUGACGAUUCAUCGCUCGACCAGCCCCACCGACAUUCCGUCGGCGGGCGACCGCUCAGCUUCAUGCAAACCCCAUACACCGAGCAACUAACCAGGGGAGCCACGCCCAACAACUCGGAAACGCGACCCUCUCUCGAACGAUCGACGUCCGACAACACAGGGUUCCUAAGCCCCAAUUCCGCCAACACUGCCAACGCUGCCAACGCCGCGCUAAAGAAGGCCCAGACGAUGCCCACCAGGAUCCCGAAUCGCCUAAGCACGUCCUUCGAUUCGAGCGGCAUGCCGCCGCUGUCACCGACCCUAUCACUAAAGGAUGUGCAGGCCGACCCCGCCACGUCUCAGUUUGCCCUGACGAAUAUUGACAAUCCAAAUGAUAUCGCCCAGGAGCUCAGUAAUCUCCAGGCUCUCAGGAGGAUGUCGAUGGAUGUGGGGAACAACAAUGACCCUGACAUGCUACCCUUUUCGGCCAUGUCCCUCAUGGCCAUGCCUUCCAUUGCUCCUUCGGGCGGCGACGACGAGGCCGACCCCUCCAGGUUAUUAUGGGUACCUGCUAGGGUCCACCCUGAGUUGGCACCCAUGGAGUUCAAGUCCUUUUUGGAGAAGAGGGUACAGUCUAUCAAAAGGAGGUCUGCGAGCGAGUCAUCCCUGUCGGAGGAUGACGGCUUAGCCCGUAGCAACUCGGCUGGUUUGAGGAGGAAGAAAUCCAUGCUGUCGAGGCAGAUCGACCCCUCUGGAGCCAGCGGAGGCUCAGGCUUUGUAGACGGUGCCGAGAGGCUAGGGCGCCAGGGUAGCGGUCGAUCGACGCCGGAGUUAACUAUUGACGAACUGGUCAAGGACCCGAGCAAGGUCGUGCAGAAACUCACCCAGGAGUCGAAGAUGCAAGAACUCGGUGCGGAGUCCAACAUCGAAGAUAUGCCCAUCCUGCCGAUGCCGCCCGGUGCGGGGCUGCGAAGAUCAACCCGAACGCAAUACAGGAAAGGGGGAAGUUUACGCAGUAACAAACUUCCAUUUUCGAAACGCAUCGCUUCACGGCAAGCCGAGGCAGCUGAGGCAGCAGGUGACGAUGGUCAGCUCCCACCUCCAACGGCACCGCCGGGCCACGGCCUCUCUCGAACGCAGUCAGAGCCAAUCUCUGAAAAUUACUCACGACCAAACCGCCCUUUGCGGAGACAGCACAAACUCUCCCAAGAUUCAGGGUCGCCAAUCACUGCAUCACCUACCACAGCAGACGCAACAACACCAACCGCGAAAGAUGCCACUGCCUCUUCACAAAACCGUACAUUCCAGGUUGACGGAACCAGCAGCCCAGUUCCCCAAAUAAUAGAAACACCUCCCGAGGAGACUCUCUCUACUACACAACGCUUCCCCCAAAGAUCAUCCUCCCAGAAAGCCGGAGCCCAGAUGCUCACAACCCAACCUCAACAACAACAACAGAUUAAGCAACAGCAGCAGCAGCCGAUAAUCCCCGAUGAGCCACCAGCGAAAUCAAGCAAACGUCAAGCAGUUGCGCGACAAGCUCAAGCAUCUCCGCAGUCCCAGGCAACCAAGACCGCCUCGAGCCCAAGCGAGAUGAGCCCCAACUCCACCCCGGUUCUCGCCGAUGGCCGAUCCAGCCGAACCGACACCCUCACCUACAUCCCGACCUACACUGGAGACGACAAGAAGCACGACAGGAAGAGCAAGCGAGACAAGGACGACGACGCCGGCAGUACGACCUCCUCCAAGUCGGGCUGGAAGUGGUUCAAGGGGGACGACAAGAAGAAGAAGGACGACGACCAUAAGAAGUCCAAGAGUAAAGGGUUCGUGGAGAGCAAUGUGCGCCUCGACGUCAUCCAGACAUCUAUUGAAAAUGCUGUAUCCAAGGGCCGCGAGAGCCUCCUUCUCGACAGGGACAGCCCGGACAACAACAAAACCAACGAAGAUAGGAAGAAGGAAAGCAACCGCAAGUCCGACUCCAGGAAAGAGAAGGACGGCAACAUAUUUUCCAGCCUGUUCGGCGGCAGCAAGAAGAAAAGCGAAAAGGAAAGCGGCAAGAAGAGCCACAGUCGGAAAGUCUCCGAGGAGCCCCCUUACCGACCGCUACGACCGGACAUGGACUACCCGUGGACUCGAUUCCCCCUCUUGGAGGAGCGCGCCAUCUACCGCAUGGCCCACAUCAAGCUCGCCAACCCGCGCAGGUCGCUGCAUAGUCAGGUCCUGCUCAGUAACUUCAUGUACAACUACCUCGCCAUCGUGCAGGCCAUGCAUCCGCAGAUGCAGAUCCCCGUUUCCCCGCAGCAGAGGCGGCUCGAGGAGGAGCGGAGGAGGAAGGAGCAGGAGAAUCAGUAUCUUGCGGAGCAACAGCAGCAGAUGCAGAUGCAGGGUAAUCAGGAUAGCAUCGACCGAUAUACAUUUGACUACCAUAGGGAUGCAAACCAGGCGCAAUAUGGCGAGGCGCAUGCUGCAGACGAGAGCGUCGAUUAUAUGGAUGACACUCAUAUUUAUGACUACGAUGAGCACAGCGAUCAGAAUGAUCCGAGGGAUCAUGGGAACUCUUACGGUGGCCAUGAUGGCAACUAUGGACAGCAGCAGGGAGGCAAAGACUACUACGCUUACGGGAACAAGCAGGAUGGUGACGACAGUCGAAGGGGGGAUUUGUGGUAG